GUGUAUUUGAGUUUGACACCCCUGCUCUAAUGUCUCGCUUCUUCAUCACCGUCAUUAAAUGUAUUUACGUAUGAUUUUAGAAUGUGUUUCUUUUGCACUUUGUCUUAAUGCUUUUGCAGCCAUAAGACAUCAAAUUUGCCAUCAAAAUAAACUUGCCUUGCACAACGAUAGAUAUUAUUCUCCUGCACCAAAUGCAUGACUGAAAUGCAUUGUGGGUAAUGUAAAUCCCCCAGAUUGACCAUGAUUGGUGACCGCUCUUUAAAGUCCCUGCUAAUACUGAAACUCCUAAAGUCUGCUCAACACUCUCUAACAAAGUUAUAUCUGUUGUUUCUCUCCCAGGCCAUCAACCUGCUCCCGGCUAACACUCAGAUCAGAGAGAUCCGCGUGUUCCUGGAGAGCGUCCUGGAGGAGAGGGCUCAGAGGAAACGCUGCAACCAGGUCCUGAAGAGCCUGCUGCAGGCAGAGUUCCUCCGGGUGCAGGAGGAGAGGAUCUUCCACCAGCAGGCGAAGUGUGUCAUCACCGAGGAGAAGACCUGCCGAGUCUGCAAGAAGAAGAUAGGAAACAGGUAACACGUUAUUAUCCUUUAUUCCUUUU